AUGGUUCUGGAUAAAGCAGCUGCACCGUUGAAGAGGGCAUGGUGCUUGUUCGAAGUCUUGCAGACCAAUCUUCGGUCUAGUGCACACAGCAGUUUCCUUGGCUUCCAGCUGUGCACAUCCACAGGUGUCUUCAGCCAGGGUGGUGGAAGCACCGACCUGUGUCUAAGAAUUGCAGAGCAGUUGGCCUCUCUGGACCUUCGGAAUGCAGAGGCGUCGAUUCCCGACGACCUUCAUAUGAUCAAAUGUUUGGUGAAUGCCAUGCCAGGUGGUUUCGAUGCCAUGAACAGCUUCGUCCGCACAUCUAUUGAAGAAGCCCUCCUCUCCGUCAAGACUCGUUUUGACCAGGAGUUCGGGAAGGCAAUCCAGCACUUGCGGUCUUAA